AAUACAAAGUCGAUGUCGACUUCAUCAAAAGUCGAUCUGGACAUGGAAACAACACCAGUUGAUGCCGCUUGGAGUGAUCCUGAGCUGGCACAGAAGGAAGGGGUCAUUGACGAGAAAGAUCCUCACAUCGUUGACUGGGACGGUCCCGAUGACCCGAAGAACCCUCGGAACUGGCCAUCGGGUAAAAAGCUCGUCCAUGUCCUGCUGAUUAGCGGAUUCACCCUCUACUCGAAUCUUGCCGCCGUCAUGUUUGCCCCGGGAGCUCAGGACCUCGUGAAAGAGUUCGGCAUCACGAACACGAUUGUGGCGUCUCUGACCGUCACAAUAUAUCUCCUGGGAUUUUGUCUGGGCCCCCUUGUCCUCUCCUCAUUAUCAGAGACAUAUGGCCGGUUGGUCGUCUACCAUAUCUGCAAUUUGGUUUAUCUCGGAUUCACUGUGGGUUGUGCUCUAAGCACUGACACGGGCAUGUUCUUGGCAUUCCGCCUUCUUUGCGGCAUUGCUGCAUCUUCACCAAUGGCCAUUGGGGGUGGCACGAUUGCUGACCUCCACGUCGAGGCUGAGAGGGGAAAGGCAAUGGCGAUAUUUGGCAUGGGUCCUCUUCUCGGUCCGGUCAUUGGCCCCGUUAUUGGCGGAUUUGUUUCACAGAAUAUUGGUUGGCGGUGGACAUUUUGGUUGAUCCUGAUCCUAUCAAGCGUGAUCUCUCUCCUAGCGUUGGCUUUUCUGCGGGAGACCUAUGAGCCAGCUCUUCUCCAUGGCAAAGCGGCCCGACUGCGUAAAGAGUCGGGAAACCCUGCGCUCUACGCUCGGACUUUCGAUAAAAACUUCACGCCUUCGCAAAUUCUCAUGCGUUCUAUUAUGCGACCCACUAAGAUGAUAUUUCUGUCACCUAUUGUCUUCUUACUCUCAAUCUACUGUGCGUUUAUGUUUGGUCUGCUUUACGUUCUCUUCACCACAUUUCCAGGUGUUUUCGAAGAGACGUACGGUUGGGGCCCUGGAAUCUCAGGACUUGCAUACCUUGGGCUCGGUAUAGGCAUGAUAUUCAGCAUUGCACUGUUUGGUCUGCUUAGUGAUAAACUUUUGAAGCAGCCGCGUGGUGGCACUGUUGCCCGACCUGAGCUACGCCUGAUUUUGAUGAUGUGGUGCUCGCCCUUAGUCCCCAUCGGUUUUAUCUGGUAUGGCUGGAGUGCCAAAUUCCAAACACACUGGAUCGUUCCAAUCCUUGGCACUGGAUUCAUCGGAAUCAGCGCAUUCUUGAUUAUGAUGCCGGCACAACUGUAUCUCGUGGAUGCUUUUGGGACUGAAGGAAGCGCUUCUGCUCUGGCUGGUAAUACUGUGUUGCGAAGUCUAUUUGCCGCAUUUCUGCCACUCGCAGGGCCCUCCAUGUAUUCUCGGCUGGGGCUUGGUUGGGGUAACACAUUGCUUGGCUUCAUUGCCCUUGCCUUUGUCCCAGUCCCAUGGCUGUUCUUCAAAUAUGGCGAGUAUUUGAGAACUCGCUUUCCAGUGAACUAUUGA